AUGCUCGCCUCGCCCCCGGGCAGAACGCCGGCAACGAGGCCGCGGGCGGCGCUCUUCAGCUCCGCCACUGAGGGCGGCGCGGCUCCACUCGCCACGCCGCGCUCCGCCUCGGCCGCGGCUGACCGGCCACUCUUCGCGCUCUCGCUGCCCGACUUUGACGGAGGAGGCGGCGGCUUCGGCACGGCGCCGGGUGCGGUGCCGGACCGCUUCUCGCAGGCGGGUGCCGCCCUGGUCACGCGCGGCGCCGUCUCCGACCCCGUCGCCGCCGACGCUCCCGCCGACGUGGCGCUCUCGCAGCGGUUUGCGCUCGCGCUCGAGGAGUGGUGGGUGGCGCAGAGGGCGCCGCCGCCGGUGGCGGGGUACCUGCCGCUGCUCGAGGCGUACGAGGCGCUCGCCUCCGCCGCCCUCGACGACACCGAGCGCAAGCUUCGCGCCCCGGACGGAGGCGGCGGCUCACGGCCGGCGCUGGAGGCGGAGGCGGCGGCGCUGCGCGCAGAGAGGCAGAGCUGGCGGCUGCUCCUCCGUCUGUAUGCGGGCUUCGACGGGCGACAGGCGGCGCCGCCCCCCUUCCCGCCCCCGCCCGACGACUGGGGCGCCAUGCUCCGCGCACUCGGACCAGCCGCCGCCGGCGGCGGCGGCGGCGGCGGCGGCGGAGGCGGGGCAGAGGCGCUCGCGGCGACGGCGGCGGCGGCGGGGCUGCCGACGAAGAGCUUGCAUGACGAGGAGGUGCAGGAGGCGGCGCUGCGGCAGGCGGACCCCGUCGCCGACCUGGCGCUGCGGGCGGUGCGGUGGGCGGAGGACGGCGCGAGGGAGAAGCCGCGCCCGCUGCCGCUGCCGGUCACGCAUCGGUCGACCGCCUUCCGCCUCGCAGUGGGCGAGGCGGCGGCGCACGGCCUUCCCACGUCCCUCGACCCUGACGCGCCGGCGCGCGAGGGGAGGAGGCUCGACGCCGAGGACGAGGAGGAGGAGGCGGCGCUGCUGCGGACGGUGUGGCUGAUGGCCCAGCAGCUGUGCCGGCAGUGCGGCCAGCCGUGGCGCGCGGCGACGCUGGGGGGCGGCGAGCCGUGGCGGUACGACUCCGCAGCUGGCGGGUGGGUUGGCAACCCGGACCGGCCGCUAUGGCGCAGUGCGUGCGGCGCCAUAGCGCGGCGGGCGCUGCAGCGGCCCGAGGUGCCGGCGUCGGCGCACGAGGCGGCGGCUUACGCGUCGCUCGCGUCGGACGCGUCGCUGCUGCACGCAGUCCUGCCGGUCUGCGGCGGGUGGGAGGAUGAG